CGGGCUAGCAGGUUUGUGUGAGAGGUAGAGUGAUGCGGAGCUGGAGAAGAUGGCGGACUUCUUGAAAGGACUGCCAGUCUAUAACGAAAGCAAUUUCAGCCGGUUUCACGCAGAUUCAGUUUGCAAAGCUUCGAAUAGAAGACCAUCUGUAUACCUGCCAACACGAGAAUACCCAUCGGAACAGAGUGAGUGCUCCCUUUCUCAUAUAGAUAUAGCCAUCAGGAAUGCCACAACUCUGGUCAUUGUGACAGAAAAGACCAAUAUUUUGCUUCGAUAUCUCCAUCAGCAGUGGGACAAGAAGAAUGCAGCAAAGAAACGAGAUCAAGAGCAAGUGGACAUUGAAGGCGAGAGCUCAGCACCGCCAAGGAAAAUCGCCCGCACAGACAGCCAGGAUAUGAUUGAAGACACCUAGUCCUCCGAACUGCAGAUGCAAGUGCUUCCCUUUUCAUCAUGUAAUGUCUUACUGUCUCUCCACCAUACAGUCCUUCAUUUGUAUAUCAUAGGAGCACCUUUAUUUAUUUACAUGUAAUUUAAGGCCUGGGGGAGGGGAAGCAAGGAGGCAGGUGGGGAUUUCAAGUACAACAAACGGAAGCCCUGCACAUAUCCAGUUGGUAUCAGUGAAUGGCUUAACUGCUCCAGGUUUUACUUGGGGCCUGGGACAAAGACUGGAUGAGUGUCAUGAAAAAUCUGUGGUGAAACAUUGUAAUAGUGUGAGCUUCCGGAAUGGUAAUAUUUUUGCAGUGCACAUCUCCCUAAUUGGUACUGACCCCAAUGUCUAAAUUAGUGUCUCCCUUGUCCACCACCAGACAGUUUUAAGCCCCCAAUGGGUUUGAUGUGGCACAUUUUGCUACUGAGGUGCUUGUCUUGAUAUUUAGACAGAGGCAGACUUGCCUGCUUCACUAGUUAUUGUUGAAACCCUCCUGAUCUCAUUAUAAUUGAGGAUCAUCCAGUAGCUGCUUUUUGUUUUUUUUAAGGAUCCAAACAACUAUGACCCCUGUCCCAUCCUCCUCUCAAUAGUUCUUGCCUAAAGCAUCAGAAUGCAAGAUAAUGAGAGCUAACUGGGUUGAUCUGCCCCAGACCAGCCUCAGCUCUUUAGCAAACAUUGCAGGAUUUGCCUGGCAACCUAGGAGACCUUUGGCAAUUGCAACAUUGCUGGGUGUGCUGGGCCCUUGUCAUUCAUGGCCCUCACAAAUUAAACAUUUGAUUUUGGGACUGUUAACUAGCCUCGUGGGACCUUCAGUUUUAUGCUUUAGUUUAAGAAAGGGAAGCCAUUUGUAUAGGUUUGUUGUUUUUUUUUAAAAGAAUAAACAAUUUUGAAGUCCAAAGAGUUACUGUCAGGCAUGCUGGCAAAUCACUGAUUCUAACUCUCUGCAUGCCGAGGAAUCGCUUCCAGGGAGCCUCAGUAGGAUAUCCCAGCCCUGAAAUGAAAGUACUGGUGUUUAAUGCGCUUGUAUAACAUUGUGUUUUUUCUCUCUCCCCCCCCCCCCCCCAAACAC